AUGCCACUCGAUACCUCAACAACAUACCGUCUCACACGGCUACGCCUGGACGGACGACGAUGGAACGAACUACGGCUUCUUCAGGCCCAAAUAUCUACCAACCCAGCAAGUUCUGGCUCAUCGUAUCUAUCAAUGGGUAAUACAACGGUUCUUUGUACAGUCCAUGGCCCUGCGGAGGGGAAACGCUCAGAAACAGCUGGUGCAACUGGGGCUGUGAUAAGUGUUGUGGUCAACCUGGCUGGAUUUGCCAAUGUGGACCGGAAGAAGAAGAGUGCUGCUGGAGGCGGGGGAGGAGAUAGACAAGCUACAACUGAACUGGCAAACUUGAUCAGGGACGCUUUCCAACCUCAUAUUCACGCCCAUCUCUACCCCCGAAGUACAAUAUCAAUCCAUGUAUCUGUCCUUUCAUCCGACGGCUCACUAUUCGCUGCGUGUCUGAACGCAUGUACCCUCGCUCUGGUGGACGCCGGUAUCCCUAUGCCUGGCCUCCUCUGUGCCUGCACAGUAGGAAUGAGCGGUCGUGCAUCUACUCCAGCAGUAACGGCUGAAUCUGCACAAAUGGGCGGGGUAAACGAGACUCUCGACCCUCUACUUGAUAUUUCCGCACCUGAGGAAGUAGAGUUGCCGUAUAUGACGGUUGCUAACACGAAUCCUAUGCCCGAUAUUAAUAUUCCAAAAGACGACGAAGACGAAUAUGAUGCUGAAAACGAGAAUCAGAUGCUAUCGAUUGUACAUAUGGAUUCGGGAGUACAUGUGUCAUAUCUCGAGACCAUGUUUGCAGUAGGGAUCGACGGCUGCAAGCAGACGAGGGAAAUAUUAAACGGGGUGCUUAAGGGGGCAGGGAAAAGAGUCUUGAUGGGGGAAGCCGUCUCCGGUCCAGGAUACGACGAUGAGUGA